AUGCAACAUAUAGUUUUCAUCCGCACCAGUCACGCAAAUAUCCAAUCUCUUCGAAAUGCUGUAUACUCCCAUGCUGGUAUCAUUGAGAAUAGUUAUGGAGGCAACUUGCUUGGAGUUUGCUAUGUUGCCGAGCCCUUAAAUCCAUGUUCUGACGAACGUGAUGAGGUUGAUUGUGCUCUUGCAUUGAUCAAAUUUCCAAGUAGGGAUCAUGCUGCGCUCUUUCUUCAAGUAGCUGGUUAUUUGGAGGUCAACUUUUUGCCUGAUUGUGAUAUCUUUAUGGUUCCUCUCUUGAAGGCCGUCAAGCUGGGACCUUGUUGGCCAACUUUCUUAAUCACAGAAUUGGGUUCAAGAGACAAUUAUCAAUACUUGCCUUCAAGAAAUAAAUUAUAUCAAAUUGACGAUUUUGGUGGAGUGCCUGUUCUUGCUGAUACCUCCUACGUUGACGCGGUUCGAAAACACCGUUGCCUACCAGCUGGAAUCAGAAUUCAUCAAUUUAAAGAUAAACAGAACUUUGACGAAUGGCUUAAUUCUAAAAGUGGAGCUGAAUUCAAGCAGGAUUAUCGCAGAAUCAGUGGCCUGAACACUUACCUUGCAACCUUCUUUUGA